CAGUACUUGUUGGUCGAUGAACAUUGACAAGUGCAAUGGAUUCCGUGGAAAGUGAGUGAUUCUGGUGUAGAAUAUAAAAUACGCUUAUUAUUAUGUCAGUGGAGGAAAGUGAAAGUGAUUAUGAAAGAAAUAAGCUACAUUGGUUUAUCGCCUGCCGAUGGAAGUUAUUUUACAAAGUUAAUAUAAUUUUCAUACUUGUUUCUGUUCACCUAUUUCCAUCUCUUCAUAAUGCACAAGCUCAACGUUCUCGACAUAUGUGCUAUUUUGCACAUAUUUUUGCAUACUAAUUCCUGUAGAUAUUACAUUAAUGUGAAGAAGAUUAUAUUUGCAUUCAUAUCUCAAAUUGCUUAUUGAUUAUGUGUAGUUCUUUUAUAAGGAGCAGGAAACCGCAACAGUGCUUUAUAGGGUUGACAUUUGAACAUUAUGAGAAAAUGCAAAUAUUUGUGUAAGAAGAAUUUUUAGUAAUUCAGGUAAUCAACAGAGAAGUGAAAUUUUAAGGAAACGUGAAGAUUUUUGUUGCAGAGACUUGUUCCAGUUCCGAACGUUUUGAAUUCGUCCAGCUGUGUGAGGGUUUUAAUAACUAUUUUCAUGCAAGAAAGGACAGUUUGAUUAAGUGAAAUAGACUCUGGGGCCAAUACAUGUCGGUUACAUUGACAAAUGACUGAAACAUGGCGUUCAUGAUGAAGAAAAAGAAAUAUAAGUUCCAAGUGGAACUAUGUUUGGAGGAAUUAGCUGCUGUUCCAUUUGUGAAUGCUGUCCUUUUUGCUAAGGUGCGUCUUCUAGACGGAGGAAAUUUCAGUGAGAUCUCGACCAGGGAAGAAGUCCAGGACCAUACGGUUCGAUGGGGUGCCAAAUUCGAGUUUGUCUGCAAGAUGAGCGCCAAUGCCUCCACAGGGGUUUUGGAUCCUUGUAUCCUGAGGAUAUCCGUCAGGAAGGAGCUGAAAGGAGGUCGGUCAUUCCAGAAGCUUGGCUUUACAGACUUAAAUCUGGCUGAGUUUGCAGGCUCAGGUCAGACGACUCGACGCUGCCUGUUAGAGGGCUAUGACACAAGGCAUCGACAGGACAAUUCCAUGCUCACAGUAGCUAUUCGUAUGAACAUGCUGUCUGGUGACAUCCUUUUCAAAGUUCCUUCUCCUUCUUCAAAACACAAGCAGGUAGUAGCCCAAGAGGAAGGACCUGAGUGCCGUGAUGAGUUCUCCAGUGGCUCUCUUGCUGGUUCUUUAGCCAGUGGUAGUUCUGGAUUUGGCAGUUUGCCCAAGAAGAGGCCACCCUUGUUUCCUUCUGAACUAGCGACAGGGACUGUCCAAGACACUUUGGAUCCGGCGGAUGCUGCCGGUGAGAUGGAGGAGGGUCAUGAACCUGGGCAUUCACGCAAUUCUUCCAACACCAGUCAAAUGAGCAAAGCAUCAGGUUACUGUUCCCUCAACAGUCAUUCGCAACACAGUAGGCAAAGCAGCUCAGGGGAUUCAGGACAUAUCAGGUCCCCAUCUUGGCCAGUGUGGGUGCCUCAGUUACUCCCAAUUCCGUCCCCGACUACCCAUAGAGCUAUCCCUACCUCAUCCACCUCACCUGUUGUAGAUGCUUCCUGGAGUCGAUUCUGGUCACACAAAAAUCCAGUGACCUCCCGAUCUACACAGAAUAAUAUAGGUAACUCAUCUUUCAAGAGUCUCAUAUCUCCUUCCAUGACAGAUGUUCAAUUGAAACUUCCUUCUUCCCCAGUGUUCUUUGCUAACCACUCAUCUGCCAAUGAUACCUUGUCCCCAUCCACUGCACCUCCUGCUUCUAUACCAGCAGGAGUUCUGUUCUGCUUCCCUCCGUGGGCUUCACCCCGCACCGCCCCUCGUGCUUCCUCUUCCCCUGGCAUGCUCCAUCAACACAGCCCAAGCUCCCCAAGAGGCAGUCAAGCAGAUGCACUUCAUGGCAACAACCAUAUGAAAAGAAAUCCAAGUUCUGGGUCAGGAUUAAGUGAGACCGGGUCACUUGACCGGGCAAAGGCAGCACUAGAGAGACGCAAGAAGGCAUCUGAAGAGGGGGCGCCACAGGCACGUGUUGAAGUCACACGAGUGAACCCAGAUAGCCUCAUUGAUGAAAUCUUGCGAUCCACCAACUUGGAACCACAAGAUGAGUCAGCAUCAGGCCUGCAGCUAUUUAUUGCAAAGGAUGGUACAACUGCACUGGGCAGCCAUGAGGUAAAGAGUCAGAUGUCAGCAGGAGUAUUUAAGCAAGUAGUCAUGGAUUCAGACAACAGGUAAACAGAAUCUUUGUGUAAGAUAGCAGGCAUAAAUGGGAAAUCAUUAUUUUUAUGGUAAUGUGAUAUAUUAUGUUUGUGACACCAUCCUAUCUGAGCGAUCUGUUGGAAGUGCUUUAAGCUAAAAAAAUGUAGUAAACUUUUGAUUAUCGUUAAUGUAUUGGAAAGGGAGUGUCAGUGAUUAAAUAUCACAAAAUAUUUUUUUAACAGCAAUUUUUUUAUGUAAGCUUCCCUUCAGUUAAUCAUUCAUGGGUUAUGUACAGUAGAGAACUCAAAUUGUUAUUUCAAAUAAUUCUUGCUUGUUUAGGUAACAUUUGAUUUUUUCUUCUUCUUUUUAAUGUAAGUGGUGAGAAUGUUUUAGAUAUUUUAGCUACAGCCCUUAAAUAUUUUUGUGUCUGUUCAUGCUUAUUUCUGGCUAUGAUAAUGGAUAUGAAACUUUGUCCUCACUGUAUUACACAGUUACAGAUUGCUUCUCCUUGUGGUGACAUCAAGAAAUCUGUGAUAUGCUCUUUAGAGCAAUUAUGGUCUGCAGAGCUUGCGUUUCUGGCUUAUAUCCAUAGGCCUUUCUUACAAAGUCACUUUUUGUUAGCAUUAUAAAUCUAUCCAGGUUUUUUCAGGUUGCUUGUAAUACAGGCAAAAAGCAGCUAGCAGCUGAACUACUAUUCCUUAUACAUUCCCCUUGUGUUGUACUUUUAUAUCUCUUGAUCACCAUGGUGAGGAGAUAUUUAAUGUCUUUUCCAGUCAUAGCGUCAAGGAUGUAUCUGGCUGUGUGGGUCCAGAAAGCCUAGAAAUUCUAACUUUGAUUCAGUCUCCAUCGAAUGUGUGUUGUUCUUCAUGACCAUUAUGAUUUUAUCAUCUGUACCAUAAUUUGUAGCCAGGUAAACUGCAAACCAUUCUUACUUUAAAUCAUCUUCUAAUUUAUAUAAUCUGUGUAAGACAGUAUUUAUGUGGGCACUGAAAUGGCUUACAGUAGGUUUACAAGUUAUAAAAAGUACAUGAUUCAAUGUUCUGGGUGUAAAUUCAUUAAUAUAUCUUGGUACCAUUGGUUUUUAUCCCGCUUUGGAUCAGUGUAGCCCACAACCUACCACUCUGUUUCCUUAAGAUCUUUCUUAAUAAUAUCUUCCCAUUUAUGCCUAAGCCUUCCAAGUGAUUUCUUCCCUUCAGGUUUUUGAACCAAAAUUUUGUAUGCAUUUCUCAUCUCUCCCAUGUGUGCUAUGUGCCCCACCUAUCUCUUCCUUGAUUUGAUUUACCUAUGAUAUUUGACGAAGCUUACAAAUUAUCAAGCUCCACGGUGUUCAGUUUUCUCCAGCCUCCCUAUUAGAUCCAAAUACUUUCCUCAGCACCCUGUUAUCAGACACACUUAAUCCAUGUUCUUCCCUUAAUAUGAGAGACCAAGUUUUGCACCUGUGCAAAGCAGUGUGGCAGUUGGGACAAAGCUCUGCUUUCUGCAGCCAUUGGAUAUAGUAGGGAAGGAGAUCAGAGGGAUUGGGAAGGGUAACAGAUGAGAAAGCUUAUACUGUCCAAACUAUAAACAUUACUGCUGUUUUAUUUCCUUUGUCCAUAAUGUCUUUGGUUUACAUGGUAUAUGCAUUUGUAUUCCUUCUACCUGCAAGGUAAUAGCAUAGUAGAAAUGCACAGUUUGGUCUCAGCUGCUGUAAAUUAUAGUUUUUUAUAUUUUAAUCUUUGUUUUUAGAUAGCAAAUGGGAGACAAGCAAUUCUAGUCUGCAUGGUAGCAGACAUUCCUUGAAUUUCUCUGCUCUUAAUUUUGUCAUAUGCUGAUGUAUCAUCGCAGCAACCUUUAUAUUAUGAUUUUAUCUUGUGAACAAAUGUGAAAGUAUAAUUAACUUCUCAUCAUAUUUGCUUUGAGGCCAACUUCCUUCCUAGCAUUUACUAGAGCUUCUUUGUUUUUCUCAGAUAAUUAACAUCAUCAAUUAUAGACCAGAAGCUGAUAUGGCCCAUUCAGUUCUAUUUCCUCUUUGUUUUCUUGGACCUUCCUAAUGUCAUAUUUCAAAGCAAAGUUGAAAAGCAUUGGUGAUAAGUCAUCUCUUAGUUUGAGACCAUUCUGAAUAGGAACCAAGGAACUGAAUGACCACUCAUUCGUUGGUUCUGUUCUGACAUAUUCUGCACCUAAAAUGUGGCACUUGACUGAAGCAGACUUCCUGUUUACUGUAGUGCUCUAGUUUUGUUGCAUGCUUCAUGGUCAAGUGCUGGUGUAACAUGUGACCAGCUGUAGUUACUGGCAGUGGUACAGACAGGUUUCAUUUGAACAAUCCACAUGCAUGAGUCGGCAACAGCUUCCUGAUUCAUUUGUCACUUUCAUGAUAUAUAACAUUGUUCUGAAACAGGAAUUAAUAAUAUAAAGACACUAAUUCUACUAAAUAAGUUCCUUUUUUUCCUAUUUAGUUAUCAUGAUUGCCAUGGUGACCCAAACCUGAAAGUCAGUUUUAUAUUGUAAUUUUUGGUAAUGUAUCAUAGGAAAUAAGCCUUACUGCAUUGUCUUCCAGUUGCAACAUGUGUUGUGAAAAUUUAAAAAUCAAAAUUCCAAUCAUUCAGACAUCAGUCAUCAAUUUGAAUUCAUAGUAUCUUGUGUUUUUUGAUCAUAAUGGGUCAUGAAUGGUAUGUGAGAACUUUUAUAUGCAUUUAACAUGUAUAUGUUUAGUAUAAUAUAAAAGUGCAGAAUAUAACUUUCGGUAUUAGUUUUUUUUUUUUGGCCUAUGGCAUAUGUUAUUUUUCAAAGCUCAGUUUAUAUUCUUUGGUACCAAAUAAUCUUGCUAGGAUGCAACUGAGAAUUGGAUGCGUGUGUGUGACAUUAGAGAAGUCUGUUAUGUGUAUUGUGGUUGAACUGUUGACAUAUUGAACCAUUUAAUAUAAGACUGUACAAGGUGAAAAAUGUACAGUAGUAAAUAUCUGAUGUCAAUUUAUUUAUGUUUCAUAUAGAAACUUAUUAAGUAGUGAUAAUAUCAUUAAUGAAAAAGAACCAAGUAAUAAAAAUUUAUUAUGGUGAUUCUGGCUGUCCAGAAUGUCUUGGCAUAAUUAGUGUUGAAUAUUGUAGAAGAAAGAAACUUUGAACUCUUUCUUAUCAACACUUUAUUUAUUUUUAAGCAUUAUAAGCCAUGUAUGCUCAUUGCUGUUGUAAUGCAGAAGUACUUUAUCCUUCCCAGUGAUUUUCAUAUGACAAUUUUUAAUGGUAUUCAGAAAGUCAGUUUUUUCUUUGUUUAGUGGUCUAGGACAUACUUUUACUUUCCAUAAUGAUUUAUACAUUGGUUAUUCCUUUGACUUCCUAUAUAUUUCCUCAAAAUAUUCAAAAUAAUUUUAUUAUGCAGAAUGAAUUAUAAAGAAUAUGUAAUUCCUAUGUAGUUAUUACCUCUUUUUGUCACAAUAUGAAAGAAAUUCUUGCUUCCAUAUUCAAACAUUGUUGCUUGGUAGGGUGUGAUAUUGUAAAAUGAAAAGAAUUGCAGCUAUUGCAGGAAAUGGUAAAAAUAUGCAUUACAGUUAAAGAAAGGGGAUAAAAUGUGUGUCUUGAAGGGAACAUUUCUCCUGUAUUAACUCUUUUGCUGCUUAAUUUUUGUUCAUACAAAAUGCCUUGGCUGUGUAAAUAAAUUUGAAAUUUUUUUAAAUUUCAUUUUAUUUUAUUUCCAAAUUACUAGCAAAUCCUAUAUUUGUAAGAUUUAGAAUAUGGAAAUAAGAGUUUAUCACUGCCUUUUUAUGUUUAAAAGAAGCAAUGGCUACCACUUAACAGCAUAGCAGUGUUUUUUAGCAAUGUUUUUGAAGAAUUAUAUUAAAUGUAAGCAAAAUAUUUUACAAAUUGUUAGCUCCCUUCUGGAAGGGAAAAAAACCUGAAAUCUGUAGGAUUAUGAAUUUUGAACUGUCAGUAAUGUAGGUUACAUGGAAACUGGCUGAUAGCAAACUUUGCAUAAGUGCAAACUUCACAGCAAAAGAGUUAAGGAUACUCUAAUUUGGUUCACCAUUUAUCUUAGUACUUGGUGUACACUGAAACAAGAUUUUUUUCUGCCUGUAAAAUUAGUAGCAGUUAGCUUUCACCAAAAGAAUUUCUGUAUGAAAAGUGUGUAUCUUAUUUUCAAAACAAAUUACAACUUCUGUUUCCAGAAAAUGCACUCAUCCUGCAUUUUUACAUUUAUGUUUCCCUCUUGAUUUUUAGACUCAAAAUUUUCUGCCACUUCAUGAGUGAGUGAUGUCCCAGGUGCUUCUUAAAAUUAUGCAUGGACUAGAAAUCAAAUAUUGAUGUAGAAUGCUGAGUAUUGAAGAGUAUUAAGUGGAGCUCAUCCUGGGUAGUGGAACAUUCUAUUCAGUACAUAAAUUUUGAUGCUUGUUGUCCAGAAUAUGUGGAAAGAUGCAACCUGAAAGCAUUCUGCAGGCGUUCAUUGCUCUAAAAUAACAUUUUCUUAUAUUUUGUUACGUUUCAGAUUCUUUAUCUUUGGUAUCUUCAAAUUAUUAUAAAUGAUCUUUGAUAGCAAAUAAAAAUUAAUCCUUACUAUGGAUUCAACACAGCAGUUCAGAAAUAGUUUCACAGUCCAUAACUUUGUACUUUUGAGAGCUAAUAACGUUGUGGUAUGAAGUAACUAUAUUGUCACAGACUGAGUGUGUGUAGCUUAAUUAAUAUGAAUACCAUAAGUCUGCUAGUCAUGGGGUUCUUUUUUAUGUUACUGGUCCAGAUUUCAAAUUCAACAGGUGAGCAUCAAAUCUUGUGCCAUUGUCUUAAUACUAUAACAAUGGUAACAAUGGUGUGUAAAUGUUAUUGAGCACUUGUUUAUAAUUGGAUGGACAAUAUUGCUUGGGCCUUCUUUUCACAGAACAUUAUAAAUCAAAAUUAAAUUUGCUUAAGAACUGUUAGUGUAGACAAUAUAAAAUUUAAUUGAAAUCAAAUAAAUAGGUUUGGGAGUGAAAUAUAGGGACACAGACUUUGCCUUCCCAUUGUACAUUGAAUUUAUGCACCAUGUGUGAAGAAUGCUUACAAAUGGUAAAUGGUCUAUGUUGUGAGAAUAAUACUGUUCCAUCCUGUCAUGAGUUUGAAAUAAAGAGCUGAGGUUGCAGAUGUAAGAGA